AUGAUGGAGGAUUUUAGAAACGAUAUUUGGGUUUUCUUCUAUUAUAAGGCGUAUAUAAUCCUGCCGCUAACGCAAGAGUUCAAUAUAUGGUGAAUUUCGAGUAAUUCAUGUUCAGAAACAAUUUUUGAAUGGUUUGAGGUUCGGCCAAGCCCAAAAUAUCAGUUCUAUACUUAUUAGCAUCCAUCGACUCACCACAGCUCUGUUCUUUCGAUCCAAUCAGGUUUUUGGUGUUGAUUUGAAUAAGGACCUUUAUUUAAGUCCAAAAUCUGAAUUCGAAAAAUGCUCCUCUUGGGAAAUAUACUGAAAAAUACUAUCAAAAAUCUCUCUUUUCAGCUCUUUCUGUAUAAAAUUGACCUAAAAUUGGUCAAAUGAAAUAGUAGAGAAAAUGCAGACAGUAAAAAAAAAUCUAAUAAAAAGUGAGCUCUCUGACCGAAAUAGCCAAAAAAAUUGUCACUAUCUUGAUAAUUGAGAAAAAAAAGCGGCUGUUUGAAUAGAUGUCCAAAAUAGCUGCAGCGAAGUAGUUAUGAUUUUUUUUAGAGCCGCUCAAAAAAGCAAGGAAACAAGCCUUAGGAGCAUAAGCUCAAAAAUUAGUGAUAUCGGAAAGUUUUGCGAAAACAGCCGCGGUUAAAUUAGCUCUCAUAAAUAGGCCACCAACAAAAGAGACGUAUUUUUCAAAGGUAAACAUAUUUAGUUGAAGACUGAAAGGGGAGAACGAUAGACUUGUGGAAACUGCUUCCUCAAACUAGUCGUUAGUUAAGAAAAUUUAUCCGCAGAAAAAAAUAUAUUACGGUAUAUUAGGUUCAUACGUGGGCUAACAGGCUGUUUUUCACUUUCGGGCCCCCCUAUUCAUUCAGAUGGCUUUCUAAGCCGCGGAAAAUGCAUCCAUAUUAUUUAUCGAGCUUUUCAAAGUACAUUUAGUAGGAAAUUCGUUGCCUAUCUUUUUGCCUAGCUCCGAACGGUAGAUAAAAUCGCGGGGAAUCGUAGAAAUAGCCUUAAAAAAAAUUCCAGAGCUGAUAAAUGGACCUGAAUUCUAGUUUAAAUGGUACCAAUGGAUGAUACAUACAUGAUCACCAAAUUUUAAGCCGUUUGGAAAAUUUAAAAAAAUAAUCAACAUCUGACCCCAUAAGAAAAUGAUUUCUGGAAAUCUACAAUUUUUUGGCUCAAAAUCGUUAUCAACUUUGAGUUAACCCUAAAUAAGGUAUAUGCUUCAAGUUUCCAGGCUUCCGGACGUUUUUUGACCAAGUUAGAGUGUUUCAAAGCGUUAUCACUUGACGGUUUGCGUACCCCCCGUACUCCCCCAAAAUCCGAAAAUCGAUCUGUUUUCAAUGUUAUCCUACAUUAUGAAGUGAGUUUUAUGAUCUGGCCAAGUUUCAAGCCGCUUGGAUGAGUUUUAAGAAAAAUAAUUUUUUGGGUCACCGGAAAUUGAUAUUUUGAAAUUUUGAAUUUUUUGGCUCAAAAUCACUAUCAACCUCGAGUUAACCCUAAAUAAGGUAUGUGCUUCAAAUUUCCAGGCUUCCGGACGUUUUUUGACCAAGUUAUAGUCUGUUCAGAUUUUUAAUGUCAAGUGCAAUGACGUCAUUCAAAAACACUCUGUGGAUGGCCCGCUCUCUGAUUGGUUUAUCGCACCAAUAGGGGCGGAGCUUGAGCGACGACUUGACAUUCAAAAUCUGAACAGACUAUAGAGUGUUUCAAAGCGUUAUCACUUGACGGUUUGCGUACCCCCCCGUACUCCCCCAAAAUCCGAAAAUCGAUCUGUUUUCAAUGUUAUCCUACAUUAUGAAGUGAGUUUUAUGAUCUGGCCAAGUUUCAAGCCGUUUGGAUGAGUUUUAAGAAAAAUAAUUUUUUGGGUCACCGGAAAGUGAUGUUUUGAAAUUUCGAUUUUUUUCCUUGUUUCGUUUUGAGAAAUGACCUAGUAGAUGUAAGAAUGCAUGCUGAUCUCGAUUUCGGUAGUUUCAAUCCAAAAAAACACGAGAUAAAAAAGUUAUUCGGUAAUCUUACCCAAAAUUACAGGUUUCUGGAGUUUUCGGGUCUUAGAUGGAAAACUCGCCUAAUUCAUGUUUUGCUCAGUAGAUAGAGUAUUUUUUUUUGUGGUUCCGAUAGCAACAAGACAAAACGCUGGACCGCAACGUCAUAUACUGGUUUUGAUUUUUUUGAGAAAAACUCUCUAAUAUGAGCAAUAAUAAGCAAUAAUGAAGUGAUAGAUUUUUAAAAAUUGAAUAAAAUUAUAUUGCACCUUAUUACAAACUUUGGUUGAGUUUCGUCGAAUUUUUGUCAAGAUAUAGAUUUUCGAAGGGGUCUACCGUACUUCUUUGAGCCACCGUAUCUCGGAAACGGCUCUAGUGAUGAUAUUCAGUUUUUUUUUUAAAAAUUCCAAAAAUCGUGCUCUACAACAUAUUUGAUUUAGAGAAAAUUUCACCCUAACGCUCAUUUUUUUUUCAACUCAUCCUCACGGCGUUAACACACAGUGCAAGCGAAGCGUAAAUUUUGCCACCAUGCGUCGCGGUCGGGAACCACUCUAACUUGGUCAAAAAACGUCCGGAAGCCUGGGAACUUGAAGCAUAUACCUUAUUUAGGGUUAACUCGAGGUUGAUAGUGAUUUUGAGCCAAAAAAUUCAAAAUUUCAAAAUAUCAAUUUCCGGUGACCCAAAAAAUUAUUUUUCUUAAAACUCAUCCAAGCGGCUUGAAACUUGGCCAGAUCAUAAAACUCACUUCAUAAUGUAGGAUAACAUUGAAAACAGAUCGAUUUUUCGGAUUUUUGGGGGAGUACGGGGGUACGCAAACCGUCAAGUGAUAACGCUUUGAAACACUCUAACUUGGUCAAAAAAACGUCCGGAAGCCUGGAAACUUGAAGCAUAUACCUUAUUUAGCGUUAACUCGAGGUUGAUAGUGAUUUUUGAGCCAAAAAAAUUCAAAAAAAUUCAAAAAUAUCAAUUUCCGGUGACCCAAAAAAAUUAUUUUUUUCUUAAAAACUCAUCCAAGCGGCUUGAAACUUGGCCAGAUCAUAAAACUCACUUCAUAAUGUAGGAUAACAUUGAAAACAGAUCGAUUUUUCGGAUUUUUGGGGGGUCUACGCUAAAAAGUUGAAAUAUUUCUGUUUUUGGAGUAUUGACACCUAGCUGAAUAUACUUCCAAAAGCCCGCGAAACAAGAUAAUAGUCUCUCUUAAUUUUUUUAUCUUAACUUUAAUAAUCAUUUCACAUUGAUAGUUUUUCCGCGGGGGGUACGUACUUUUUUUCGAGGGGAGUACGUACUUUUUUUCAAGGGGUACGUGAUGACGUCACAAAAAAAGUAGUUGGUUAGCCCAUGUAUGAUUAGGUUGGCAAAACAGUGAUCGCGAAUUUCGGGACUUUUCCAGAGUUUUUAAAUGCUCAGAUGAAAAAGCAAAUCAGAAUUUUCAGUUCUGGGAAGUGUAAAAUGAGCCGCAGAUGAGCCAGUUGAGAAGAAGAAAAAAAAAAUAGGUUAAGAAAAACCGCGGUCAGUAUAACUCGAGCAAAAAAAGCGCCAACUUUAGACUUUUCCGGAGUUUAAAAAUGCUAAAAAUGUAAAACAUGAUUUUUUAGUUCUGGAAAAGGUACGUCUUGCCAGUUUACUUCGCUUCCAUGAUGUUAUGCUUCAUCGGCAUCAGUCCCUUGUUUUAUUUCGGCAAUUUCCAUGCCAAAUACGUCAUGAAAGACGGCCUCGUUCUGCCUUAUUAUGAUUCAGUGAGCAGAUUUUUUUAAAUAAGCUAUAUUCUGAAUUUCAAAGGCUUUUCAAUGGUUUUCCGAAAAAUUUCAGAGAAUCAGCGACGUUCUCAUUGUGUUAGUUUCCUUCCUAAGCAUUUUCUUCUUCUUUUUCAACAUGCUUCUGGUCAUUAUUAACUUCUUCACAAUGUCUAGGCUGCUGCAAGGUGAAAGGAAAAAAAGUGAAAGUGUUUUUGAGCUAAUUCUAAAGCUUAAAUUUGAUUUGAAGAUGUAAAAUUUGAUGAUUCAUAAUUCGAAAUCUCACUUUUUAGAGCAAAAAGGGCUUGAAAAAAAUCAAAUUUUUUUGUAUUAAAGGAGCGAAGUUUGAAAACAGAAACGUUUCCGUUAAAAUUUGAAAAUCAGAAAAAAAUAAAAAAAUUUCGAAUUUUUUUACGCGAUGAAAAGUAGCAGAAAAAACAAACAAUGCAAAAAUUGCUGAAUUAGAAAAAAAGCCUCGCCAAAAAGUAGUCACGAAUGUGUGCUCCACGGAGAAUCCAAAGGCGCGAAAAUUGAAGUUUUUGAGUUUGAAAAUUUUUCAGUUGGUUGGAGGUUCUCCAAAAAAGAAUCGACAAAAAGAAACAUAUUUGGAAACAAAAAAAGAGUUAGCCGUGGAGCGCGCUAUCAUCAGUGACGAUUUUUCUGAUGGCCUUGAAAAAGAUAAAAAGUUUCAGGCGUCGAUGAGCAAUCCAGUGAUAUAAUGAGACGGAUCACAAGAAUCGCCCUUACACAGACUUUGAUCCAUUUGGGCCUUCUGGGAUUUAAUGUACCUUUUUUUAACAUUCAAAAAAAUUUAAUGAAAUUCAAGAAAAGCGGAAAUUUCGAGUAGUAAAAAAAUUGUAAAGAUUAUUUAGACCUUGUUCAAAAAUUAGCCUAGAAUAGCAAUUUUUCGAGCUUUUUUUGAAGGUUAUUUGAAAAGUUCUAGUAAAAAAAUUGGAAGAAAAAAAUGAAACUUUAUAGAUAGUUAACUUCAAAAAGUCAGAGGUUGAAAAAAAUUAUGAAAUUUCCUGUUCAGGUCUUGAAUGCAUUUCGUGUUUUCACUGGCGUCGAACUGAUCCCUUUCCAAUUGCAAGUCCUCGUGCAGGCUUUUGUCACGGAUAUGGUAAUUUUUGGGCCUACAGGCUUAUGGCGGCAUUUGGAAUGGCUUAUAGCUCAUUUACAGCUGGCUUGAGCCACCUUAAAAAGGGUCCUGACACGAAAAGAAGCGAAACAGUGAUUUUUAGGUGGAGAGCGCAGACAGGCCACGCCCCCCUUUGCGUCUCAAGCUAGUCUUUAAUCAGCUAAAGCUGCGAAGUGGCUAUUAUCACAUUCCCGACCUAAAACGGCUUGCGCUUCUCCGAAAAUCAACAUCAAAAUUUCUUUUUGCAAAGCUGUUUUACGAUUUUUUUGGCGCGAAUUCGAAAGUUAUCGCAUUUUCGGAUUUUUCCCACGCAAAUUCAAUCAAUACUCGGAUGAUUUUCAAUGCAGCUGCUUCGGAAAUUUCGCACCUUAAUAGGGAUAGACUCCCUGAGAGUUCCACUAAUGCAAUAAUUUUUGAAUUGGCGCCAAAACCGACUCAAAGUCGUGAAAAAUGUAUCAUUUCGAGCUGUUUUCAUACUAGUCCGCGAGCCAUUCCAAAUGCGACCAAAACGUUGCAAACCUCGAAAAAUGGUCGAAAUUUCAGGCCGGCAUGUCGAUGCCGUACAUUUUGAUCGCUUGCGAUUCGAAUGUAAGAAGAUUCCUGACCAGACAAGAGGAAGUGCACUCUAUUCAGUGUAAGUUCAAAAAGGAUAGAAUUUUGAGCGAUCAAAAAAAUUAUCCUUAAAAGUUGGGAAUUUUUUGGGGCCAAUAAAACUUGCCAUUUAGCUUUACAGAGCUGUUUUAUGGAUCAAUUAAGGUUGCAGAAUUUAUGCCGUGUUCAAAGUAAUUUCCGCGAAAUGCAAAAUACCCGUUAGAGAAAGGAAAAGAUCACUAAAUUUUGGAGAGUCAGAGAUCAUUUUGCAUUUUGCGGAAAUUACUUUGAAUACGGCAUUAGAGCAAAAAAUAAGACUCAAAUUUCGGUUUGAAUGAUUUUUUUAUGAAUUUUUAGGAUAAUCGUUCAUUUUUUUCUUGGAUUAAUUUGAUUUAUGAAAAAAAAUUCAGAAUAUUAAAAUCUCUUUUUUUCAGUAAACGUCCGAAGCUCGCAGGUGCUGACCUCCUGA